AUGUCGGACAUAAAAAAUAAAGAGAAAAGUCGUUCAAAAAAUUUUGCUAGUGAUGAAGUUAACAGGUUGAUAAGUUUGGUCGAGAAAUAUAAAAAUAUCAUCGAAAAUAAAGAAACUGAUUCAGAAACGUGGAAACAAAAGGAUAAAUGCUGGCAGGUGAUACAAAAAGAAUUUAGCGUGAAUGUGACUAGUGAUUUUAGAUCGGUAAAAACAUUGAAAGAUAAGUACAAUGGGCUGAAAAAGUGUGCAAGGAAAGAGUAUGCUGAAGAACGCAAAGAGUUGUUUAAAACUGGUGGUGGUGAAAAAAGAGUUGUGAAAAUUAGUGAUAUAUCACAGAGGAUUCAUAAAUUAAUAUCAAUUUCAAUUACUGGUAAUCCUAGUGAAUUUGAUAAUGAUCAAGUCUUAAAGAAGCUAUAG